CACCGCCCUCUUCAAGGUGCAGCGCACUCGGAAGUCCUCUAGGGGAGAGUCUGCUGCCGUGGCCUGAGGGUCUGAGGCGGCCUGGGCAUCGUGGUCCUGCGGGGCGGAGACGAGCACUGUUUCAGAGACAGCCGCCAUCUUCCCGGUUUAAACUAAGGCGGGAAUCGCUGAGACCGGAAGGAUGCUUCCCUCCCUGGAACGCUCCUGCACGCGUCCGACUGGAAACCCGAUCCGCCGCCGCCGCAAGGUUCCGCCUCGGGUUCCGCGGCCCCAGAGUUCCGCCGCCUGGCUUGCAGUCGAGAAGCCUGCAGGAGUAGCUAUGGGUUUGGGGUUAGUGGACUGUCACUGCCAUCUCUCCGCCUCGGACUUUGACAACGAUCUGGAUGAUGUGUUGGAGAAAGCCAGGAAGGCUAAUGUCAUGGCCCUUGUGGCAGUUGCUGAACAUGCAGGAGAAUUUGAAAGAAUUAUGCAGCUUUCAGAAAGGUAUAAUGGAUUCGUCCUGCCAUGUCUGGGAGUUCACCCAGUUCAAGAGCUUUCACCAGAAAAACCAAGAAGCGUGACAUUAAAGGAUUUGGAUGUAGCUUUGCCUAUUAUUGAGAAGUACAAGGAUCGCUUGUUGGCAAUCGGAGAGGUGGGGCUAGACUUCACCCCCAGAUAUGCAGGCACUGAUGAGGAGAAGGAAGAACAAAGACAAGUCCUAAUCAGACAAGUGCAACUGGCCAAAAGGCUAAAUGUGCCUCUAAAUGUGCACUCACGCUCAGCUGGAAGACCCACCAUCAGCCUCUUACGUGAACAAGCAGAAGCUUGUGAAACAGCUGCCUCUGAGUUCUAUCUGCUUAGAAACAGAUUCACCUGCGCUAGGACCAGAAAAGCUGACACGGAAUGAACCCUGCAACAUUUCCAUCGCAGCAGAGUUCAUUGCCCAGGUGAAAGGGAUUUCAGUGGAAGAAGUCCGAGAAGUGACGACGCGGAAUGCAUUCAGACUGUUUCCCAAGCUGCAGAGCCUGCUUCAGAAAGAGCUUCAAAGUCACCCCCUGCAAGCCAAGUCAGCCCAGGGCAGCGCUGGGGAAAGCAAGGGCUUGCUUUAGUGGCCUCAGAGAAAGAAGCCAUCUUACAUGGCUAGCAGUCACAGUUUUACAGAAAUGUUCCUCUUAAAAACAAAUUUGGAGCUGGAGAGAUGGCUCUGCCAUUAAGAGCACUCAGUUGCUGCUCUUCCAGAGGACUCGUGUUCAGUUCCCAGCAGCUAUGUUGGGUGGUUCAACUGCCUGUAAUUCCCUCCAGCCUUCUCUGACACUAGCACACUGGUGGCAUAUCUCUAUAUAGACACACGGAAUAUAAAAAUUAUUUCUAAAAACUGUA